CCCCCACCGGGGCGGGAGACUCAUGCCCUCCUCCCCAGGGUGGAAGUGGGCAGCGGGCUGACCCUGUGCAAGGGCGGCUGCGAGGCCAUCGUGGACACGGGCACCUCCCUCCUGGUGGGCCCCGUGGACGAGGUCAAGGAGCUGCAGAAAGCCAUCGGGGCCGUGCCGCUGAUCCAGGGCGAGUACAUGAUCCCCUGCGAGAAGGUGUCCAGCCUGCCCAGCGUCACCCUGAAGCUGGGGGACAAGAGCUUCACCCUUUCCUCGGAGGACUACACGCUUAAGGUGUCCCAGGCUGGCAAGACCAUCUGUCUGAGCGGCUUCAUGGGCAUGGACAUCCCCCCGCCCAGCGGACCUCUCUGGAUCCUGGGCGACGUGUUCAUCCGCCGCUACUACACCGUGUUCGACCGUGACAGCAACAGGGUGGGCUUGGCCGAAGCCGCCAAGCUGUAGCUCCCUCCGGCAGAGACGCAGGGGGCUCGCACCCCGUCCUUCCCCACACACACUUGCACACUCACGCUGGGCUCUCCGGAGGCCACGCUCUGGAGGCCGGCCUCGCUGUCCUGUCCUGCCAUCUCUCCUCCUGGGUUCAGACUUGCUGCCUCUGACUCGGGGCAGGGAGAGGCCCGUCCGCACACAGACCCAAGUUGCCCGCAUGGAAGGCCCGGCCCGGGCUCGCACCUGAGACUUGCUGCCUCCCGGGAGCCCCUCCCCGGCCCUGCCCAUGCCUGCCGGGCCCAGCCCCUGCCCUGUGCCAGGCCACCCUCGCGGAUCCUCCUUGGGAAGCCCGCCCUGCCCGAGCACCUCUCUGCCGGCGUGGGCCCGAGCUGGGCUUGCUGGCCUGGCGGGUGGGGGCUGGAAGGAGUGAGGAGGAGACAGACGUCAGGCUCGAGGACCUACAGGGUUGUCCCGGGCUGACCCCUGGGGGACACUUGCUGGCUGGGGGCAGGGUGGGACGGCGCAGUGUGACGCGGCCUUUCUCUGUGGCUGACUCCCCUGCCCUCUCUUGGGUGGCCCAGAGCCAAGGUUGACAUGAAAAUACAGUUGUUUGGGCCUCUGUC